AUGAAGAGAACAUUCCUUAUGUGCUUUUUGCUUUUUGUUGCAGGUUUGAAGGACGUGACUUCGUAUUCACAAGAUUCGGUUCCACCAGAAUGUAACAGUUCUAUAGAUUGCUUUCAUCGUUGUGGAAUUCUUGGGUCUCAUGUUUGUAAAAAUCAUCAAUGUGUUUGUCUAAGUAAUGGUGAACAAAAGCGCCUACGCCCACAUGUGAAAAUCGAUAAAAAUGUAUAAGAAUAAUGUCAAAAUGCAAUAUCAAGCGAAAAACAAAAUUAAUGAUU